UGACAAGCGAGGGCUGAGUAACUGCUGCUCCUGUAUUGGUACUGUGGGAUUCUCUGCAUUACCUGAUAUUGACGCACCUGAAGUCCGGGUCGAGUCCCUGGGACGAUUGCACCACCGACUCUUCCCUUUCCUCCCUAACUCACCUCCCUGGGUCACACCAGACAUUUCUACAAAUCCUAUCAAGCCCAAGUCAUUCAUCCUUCAUUCAUCUCUCGUUAGCUUCCCCUUCCUGGAGGUAGUGGCAUAUUCAGGUAGCCCCGCAGGUUGUUUGUGUCUCCAUGGAGAGCACUCACCGGCCAUCACGUCAAAAACCCGCCUCUUGAUCUAGGAUCACAUGCAUCUUUCACUUGCCUAGGGGAUAUCUUUUCAUGCCCAUGUUAGGCUAUAGUUCUAACCAAUCAUUACUGGCUUCAGCACUUGGAUCUGUCUCUGUCAGAGUCUGAAAAGACUGUUACGACUUCCCAAAGCAGCCUCACAGCACUGUCCUCUAGCUAAACAUCUCCUGUCACCGUUCUCUCCAUGCUAGGCCGCUUUCGCCCUGAGCAAGCAUCUGAUAGCUGUGAGUGACAAGAGGCUCUCUUGGACAUGGUGUAGGCUUACCACGUAUCCUUACCUGGCUGUAGUGGCCACCCUCCUCAACCGAACUCUCUGGGCCAGCUAUCUCUGGAGCCAUGCAAAAUCCAGCAUCUGUGACACUCCCAAUGGCUCGUGGCUAGAAGUCAGUGGCUGGCAAGAUGUUUGAUGUCGACUGGAGUGACCCCAACCGGGAGUCAGUUGGUGACAGGAGGGCAAGGAAGCAAAGGGAGAAAGUCCCUAGUGACAGAGCUUCUAAUAAAGACAAUGCGGACAAGGAGAGCAGGAAGGAUGAGCAGAGCAGCCAGGCAUCCGGCUCAGGGUCUGUCCGCAGCUCUAUGUCCUCUGUGGACAAGCAGUUUGGCUUCUUUGGUGGCAAGAACAGGAAGAAGGGCCGCGUCCUGGGGAAUAACAAGUCCAUAGCAAGCUCCUCUGCCGGUGCUCCAACCAUCCAUGAACAGGAACAGGAGCAAGAGCCUCCAGAAGACAGCAACACAAGCGACCUACUGGCCGAAGUAUCCUCUGGCAUGCUUCAAGGUUCAGAGCUAGUCAGUACAGAAGGCAGCCAUUCCAUUAUUUCUUCUGACAGGCUGGAUGGCAGUUUAUCUGAGGCUGUCACCAACAACACGUGGAACGAGAACCCUCCUGGUGGCUCCCUCCUAGGCUACGACAUGGCCUCACCCAAGCCAGGACUGAAGUCCACUCUGACACAGAACCUUGGGGAUGGAGUCUCUUUCAUCACCAAGACCACUGAAAUCAGUUCCCAGCCUCGGGACAAGAAAGACCCUGACUACCUUGUGUCCAAGGUGACCCUUUCAGUGGGCACUUCCGAGCACAAUCUCAAGGAUUUGGCCACUACGUCCACGCCAUGGCAGCCCCCACCGGGAUUGACUCACAGCCUGCCACCGGUCCCAGAGUCAACUCCUGCUUCUCACCUAGAAGAUGCGCGUCAACUGGCCCCAAUGAUCACUGACCUUUCUCUAUCACGCACUACCAACCAGAUCUCUGCCUCGCAGACAGAGUCCAAGCUUGGGCUGAAGCGCAAGCCAAAGCGUCCCCUGAAGGCGCCAGCGAUUGUUCCGGCCUGCCAGCAGCAUGUUGGAAAUCCUGACCUGUGGAAAGCCCCUGAUGCCUGGGAGUACAGUGCGAGCGAGCCCGAGGUCUCCCCUAUCGACGAGGCUGCUGUCCCCCUUGGCUCGGAUGAGCUCAACCAACUUGCCCUUGACCUGGCCAGUAUGCAGCGCGAGGCCAGUCGAAUGCUUCAGGCAAGUCCUCGAGCCAUCCUGAUGCGCCUGAAGGCGAGAUGGGCUGAGGAGGACCUUGACAUGGCUUUGGAGAGUGGCCUGCAAAACUAUGACGUUGAUGUUGCGGUCGAUCGUGCUCUAAUGUACAAGGAGCUUGAGAUGGACCGGAAGCGGUGGAUGCUAUCUGCCUUGAACCACAUGGAGGUCGAUACGAAACCGUCCACUGCCAUCUCCAAGCCCAAGGUGAAGCCCAAGGUGCGGAAGAUCCUGUCUCUCUUCGACAGCCAAGCGGCCACCUCAUACCUAGCCAUCUCCAACACAAGCGUUCCCGUCUACCACCUCUCCCCGGAUCCCCUAUCGCACAGGAGGUACCCGAACAUCCACCCCAUUACCUGCCCGGCCAUCUCGGCCUCCGCAGUGGGCGUGGCGACAGAGGCCUUCUCAGCCGUCAACUGCCUGCCCAUCGCGUCCAUCCUGCCGUCGUCGGACCUGCCGCGGCUGCUCCAGAACAUCUUCCGCGUCCUCGCGCCGGGCGGCUUCCUCAACAUGGUCAUCGUCGACCCCCAGCCCAACCUGUCCUCCGCAGGCCCGCUGCUGCGGCAGUGGCUGGACGAGAACCUCAUCUUCAACCUCGAGCAGCAGUUCCGGUGCACGAAUCCUAGCAGGAACUUCCCCGUCUGGCUGCAGGAGGCCGGCCUGAGGGCCAAGGGGAGCAUCAUCACCACCACCCGCUUCCAGGCCAUCAGCCCUCUUCCCGGCGGCGACUCGGGCGGCAGCGGCAGGGCCAGCGGAGGCUCGGGCGGCUCGGAUAUGGUUGUGAUGAGGGAGCUGCGCACCAUCAUCGGCCAGAUGCUGUGGCGCGAUGUUUGGGGCCCUUUCGUCGGCGCCGACAGGUGGUGGUGGGAGGUGCCCACGAUCGUCGACGAGUGCCUGAGGAUGGACACGUACUGGGAGUACAGCGUCAUUGCCGCCUGCAGGGAGAGCGAGGGCUGAGCAUCACCCCGAGAGGAGAGGAAAUCCCCUGCUCCUCCCCGCCUUCGAAUGACCCAGCUACUCAAUCGCUACUCACGACGCACAUUGGCAGUUAUGACCUAUGCCCAGAUUCCGGCAUGGUUUGCGGGCGUUCCUGGGUAUGUAAAGCAUGUAUGAUUUCAAUGUUGGAGGAAAUACCCCAUGCCUUAACCGGCAGCUGGUUCUACGCUUUGGAGUGGACGAAUUCCCAUGGCGGCUUGCUCUUUUGCACGAUUACAGCCAUGCACCAGAGGGAAACAGAAACGUCGGCUACGAGAGGUUGGCCCUAAUGAGAGUCGCUUAGUGAGGC